CAGCGCGCUGCGGACACGUCGCUCCGGUGACACCAUAGAGAGGAAAGUGUCAUGGUCGCCGUCGCGUUGGUGGAGAGCGGCUCGGUGUACGGGAAGUGAGCGGUGACCGGGGAGAGACGUGCCGGGAUAUGAGGCCUGCUGCCCCCGGGACGCCCUGGUGAAGCCUCGGACUUUCCUGAGGGCUCUGUCCGCCUAGUGCGCACCCCUCCCCGGGGGAACCUCCAGACAUGUCUUCUUGGCUGGGGGGGCUGGGCUCCGGCCUGGGACAAUCCCUGGGGCAGGUCGGGGGAAGCCUGUCCUCCCUCUCCGGACAUAUCUCCAACUUCACCAAAGACAUGUUACUGGAGGGGGCUGAGGAGACAGAUGGCGAUGGCGAGGGGCAGGUACCCAAGGUCAGAGACAUUGAAAGCCUCCAGGCUAUGCAGAGGUCAGAGAACGAGAGGCUGAAGAAACUUUGUACAGAGCUGGAGGAGAAGCUGGAAGCGGCUGAACUACAAGUGAAGCAGCAAAGCACCGACUACAGAACCCGGCUGCAGCAAAGAGAGGUGGAGAUAAGUCAUCUGAAAGCCAAGCUGAACUCUCUGCAGGAUGAGGUGCAGAAGGCGCAGGUGUCGGCGCAGCUCUCUAGCGUCACUCUUCAAGCAGCCGACUCUCCGGCCUUCAUGUCCAGUAUUCCGCCUCCUUCCUCCACCUUCCAGGGGGACGACAUGGACUUUAGUGAUGUCAUCUGGUCUCAGCAGGAAAUUAACAACCUCUCCAGUGAAGUGUCCAGGCUGCAGGCAGAGGUGACCCACUGGAAGCACAUAGCCCAGGUAGCAAAGGCUCAGGGCACACAGAGCCCCGACUCGAAGGAGGUUGGAGUGUUACAAAACACUGUCCAGGACUUGAAGUUAAAGCUAAGUCGUCAGAUCGAUGAACACCACCAUGAGCUCUCCGUCUUACAAGAUGCCCAUCGGCAGAAGCUGGCGGAGAUCACACGCAGACAUCGCGAGGAGUUGGGUGAAUAUGAAGAAAGGAUCGAGGAGCUGGAGGAACAGUUUAAUUCAGGGGGUGUGGAUGGCACUUCUCACCAGUCCAAAAUGUUUGAACUCCAGAAAACUGUCCGCUCUCUAGAAGGAGAGAAAGCCGACAGCGCUCAGAAGAUUCAGGAUUUAGAGCGUCAGCUGAGAGAACUGAAUUCCGCUGUCUCUGCUGCGGAUGAAGAGAAAAUGUCUCUGCAGCAAGAGAAAGAUUCUGCAGAGAACGAGAAGAAUCAUCUGGCUGCGGAGUGUGAGAGACUGCAUGCCGAGUUAAUUGGGCUACAAACUCUGCGCGAGUCUGACGGCAGGACAGAAGUCACCAGUUUAGAACAAGAGGUCCUGAGGCUACAAGAAGCACUAAUUGAUGCUGAAAAAGGAAUGAGCAGAGUAACGUCAACAGAUCAGGUACUGCUGGGUGAUACGGAUCGCACUACUUCCUCCCAGGAGGCCGAUGUCACAAGUGAGCAGCUAAGGAAAGAUCUAGAUGAGAGCCAGAGGAGGCUGGAAGAAAACAUUGCAGAGAAGGAGUCCCUUACUACAGAACUAGAGGAGCUGGACAGACAGAAUCAGGAGGUCAUGCAGCACUUGCUGCUUAUGAAGGAGCAGCUAUCCAAGCAGAGAGAAGAAUCGGAGACUCGUGUGGCACAGUUGAAUGAGGAGCUACAGCAGUCAAGAGAGAGCCAGUCAAACGCUGUUGCUGAAAUCAGAAAAUUACAUGAAAAGUUGCAGUCUGAAGAGGAGAAGCUGAGGCAAGCUGAAACCGUGUUCAGCAAUGUACAAGCAAUCAAUCGUCAGCUUAGAGUUCAGAUGAACGAGUUACAGGAGGUUGUAAGAAAUUUGGAAUCCAGAAAUUCCAAGACUAAGAAGGAAAAUCAAGAGCUUCAGCAAAGUCUGAAGCUUGUGAGAGAAGAACUUAGUGUGGCCCAACAGGAGUCACUCUCCCGACACGAGCUCCAAGGGGACGGUGAAAGUGAAAAAGAGAUUAAUAGGUUGAAGCUUCAACUUUCAGAUAUUGGGCAGUUGAAAGAAGACUUGGAGAAUGAGAUUUGUGACUUGAAGAUGGAGAAUGAGAUGUUACUGUCAACCCAAGAACAAGCAAAACAACAACUGCAAGAAGUUGUGGCUUCUGACCGCAAGGAAGCUUUGGAAAAACAGACCGUGAUCGAGGCCCUUAGAAUGGAGAAGAGCCGCCUAGAAACUGAGCUGAACCAACUUGAAAAUAGACUUCAUGAACAGUCUCAAAAAUAUGAACGAACCAUCCGUGAACUUUCGAAUGCCCAAAAGAUGGACACCUCCACUUUACAGAUUGAGCACGAGCGGAUUGUUAAGCUCAACCAAGAAAAAGACUUUCAGUUAGCAGCGAGCAAACGGAACGUAGAGCAGCUUGAGAUGGACUGCGAGGAGACCAAGGAGAUGUUGACCAGCACCUUAGAGGGCCAGAAACAACUCACCGAACUUAUUAAGGAGAAGGAAAGUUUUGUCAUUGAGCUCAAGGAGAAGAACUUGGAGCUGCAAAGGCAGCUUGAGGAACAAACCAAAACGACAAAAGAAUGUGAUCUCCUAAGACAGAGCAUCGAAGAGAAGGAAAGACUUCUCGCUUCAAUGAAGGAAGACAACAGCCAUCUGAAGGAGGAAAUUGAGAGAUUCAAGGACCAGCAGAGUCGGUCCCAGCCGGCGGUGGACCCAAAAACAUUAGACAUCAUCACAGAACUGGAGGCAGAAAUAACACAACUGACUAAAGUCCGGAAUAAUCAUGAAGAAGAGCUAAAACUUCAGAAGAAGGCUGUCGAAAAGCAAAAUCAAAAUGCUGCGCAACUUCAAAAAUCUCUUCAGGAGAAAAUCAAAGAAGUCAAUGAAGUAACUUUACAGCACAAGGAGAUGGUGGACACGUAUGAGAAACUACUGUCUGAAAAAGACAGCGAAAUCUCCAGCCUGCACCAGACCAACGAACUGAUCAGCUCACAGCUGCAAAACGAACAUCUUAUCCAGACAGAUUCCUCUGUUAUACUCCACGAUACCAAGGCACAAACGAUCAACAAUAGUGACAACGGCACAGAGAAACAUGAUCUGUCUAAAGUGGAGAUUGAAAAAUUGGUCAAGGGUAUCAAAGAGAAGGAGAUGGAGAUUAAGAUUCUCAAUGAAAAGAACGUUAACUUGACCAAACAAAUUGACCAGCUGUCUAAAGACGAAGUAGGAAAGCUCACUCAGAUCAUCCAACAGAAAGACUUAGAAAUACAAAAUCUUCACGCUCGCGUGUCCUCGGUCAGUUACAUGCAAGAUGUGGUCUAUUUACAGCAGCAGCUGCAAGCCUAUGCAAUGGAGAGAGAGCAGGUUCUGGCUGUCCUAAGUGAGAAGACAAGGGAAAAUAGUCAACUCCGAACUGAUUACCACAAAAUUAUGGAUGUGGUGGCUGCCAAAGAGUCGGCCCUUUUGAAACUUCAAGAUGAAAACAAGAGAUUUUCACUCAGCCAAGAGGGCAGCAACCAGGAGAUGUUUAGGGAGACUAUCCAGAAUCUCUCCAGAAUAAUCAGAGAGAAAGAUAUUGAGAUAGAUGCCUUAAGCCAGAAAUGUCAGACCCUGUUGACUGUUCUCCAGGCCUCCAGUUCGGAGAAUGGCAGCGAUCUUGGAGCUGUCAAUAGUAAUCAGUUUGAGGAACUGUUGCAGGAACGUGAUAAACUCAAGCAGCAAGUGAAGAAGAUGCAAGAGUGGAAACAGCAGGUGAUGACCACUGUCCAGAACAUGCAACACGAAUCUGCUCACCUCCAGGAGGAGCUUCAUAAGCUUCAGGGGCAGAUCAACAAGGACAGCGAUUCUAGCUCUAAAUUGCAAGUAGACUACAACCACCUCAUUCACGGCUAUGAAAACAAUGAGAAGAAACUUAAAGAUUUUAGCCUAGAGCUGAGUAACGUUCAAACCAGUGUCGGUGAACUCAACAGCACAAAAGAACGUAUACUUGGCCAACUUCAGGUCAGUAACUAUGACGCAAGUCCAGCUGAGACUCCUUUGGGGUCAUCUCCUGAACAGAACAGUGGCGAUUUUGCGAAGAUCGUUCAAGAAUGUGAACAACUGAGGAUUCAGAUUCAGGAGAGAGAUACUACCAUUCGAACCCUUCAAGAGAAUAACCAGCGUUUGUCCGACUCUAUGGUUAAGACAUCGGAGCAUGGUCGCAGGACCCAGGAGGAGUCCACCUCAGAGCUAAAGCAGAUGAAGGACAAAAACGAACUAUUGCAGAGGGCUCAAAAGGAGAAGGACAUUUUGAUAAAAACAAAGGGAGACAAGUUAAACUCAAUCAGCGAAAACUUGAAGAACAAACAGAAUGAGAACGAGCUGCUGAAGCAGGCAGUCACCAACCUCAAAGAGAGGGCUCUUAUUCUGGAAAUGGACAUCGGGAAGCUGAAGGAGGAAAAUGAAAAAGUGGUAGCCAAAGAAAAGGAAAAAGAAACGGAGUUCCGAGCAUUACACGAGACCAACAUGCAAUUUUCCAUGUUGCUCCGAGAGAAGGAAUUCGAGUCCAGCUCAAUGAAGGAGAAAGCGUCUGCUCUAGAAAACCUUCUUAAAGAAAAGGAACAGGGAAAAGCCGGUGAAUUGAACCAUCUGUUGAACGAAGUGAGGUCCAUGCAGGAGAAAGCGAUUUUGUUCCAGCACGAGCGGGACCAGGUUAUGUUGGCACUCAAACAGAAGCAGAUGGAAACCAGCGCUCUUCAGAACGAGGUCCAGCAUCUACGAGAUAAAGAACAGCGCCUCAAACAAGAACUGGAGCGGCUGCGCAAUCACCUGCUGGAAAUGGAAGACUCGUACACACGCGAAGCUGUGGCCGCUGGGGAUCGGGAGAUGGAGCUCAGAAAGAAACUCUCAGCCUUAGAAGAAAAGCUUUUAUCCUCCUCCACAGCAGUGGAAAACGCCAGUCACCAGGCUACAAUGCAGGUGGAGUCUCUACAGGAGCAGCUACAUCUUGUGUCCCAUCAGAGAGAUGAGGCUUUGAUGCAACUCAAUAUGUCUCAAGAGCAAGUCAAACAAUAUGCGUUGUCACUGACCAACCUGCAGAUCGUGCUAGAGCAGUUCCAACAAGAGGAGAAGGCCAUGUACUCUGCAGAGCUGGACAAAUACAGGAGACAAAACGCAGAGCUACGACAGAAGGGGGAAAGGUCGGAAGAUAGAGUGGUGUUUCUGCAGGAACAAUUAGAAGAAGCCAACACUGCGCUAGAAUCGGCAUCCCGACUUACCGAACAGCUGGACCUGAAAGAGGAGCAGAUAGAGGAGCUCAAGAGACAAGGUGAUCUGAAGCAGGAGAUGCUGGAUGAUGCUCAGAAUAAGCUCAUGAAUCUGAUCCACAGCACCGAGGGGAAGGUGGACAAGCUCUUAAUGCGGAAUCUGUUUGUCGGGCACUUCCACACCCCAAAAAACAAGCGUCCCGAGGUCCUGCGUUUAAUGGGCACCAUCCUCGGACUUCAGAAAAACGAGGUGGAUGAGCUUCUGGUGGAGGAAACCCGCGGUGUGACGAGGUGGGUGACGGGUUGGCUCGGAGGAUCACCAAACGCCAAGAGUGUCCCCAACACCCCGCAGAGACCGAGUCACGUGUCCGUGCUGAACAAUUCAUUUUCAGAGCUGUUUGUCAAGUUCCUGGAGGUAGAAUCCCUGCCGAAACCUGCUCCACUCAGGAUGACGAUGCACGACAUGCCACCCUCGGGCACUUCCAGCGGGACUCAGAGCUCCAGCGGGUCUGCAGCGCUGCCAGGUUCUGGAUCAAGUCGAAGGCAAGACUCGAACCCCUUCUUGGCUCCUCGUUCAGCAGCCAUCCCCCUCAUCUCCCCAGGAUCCCUGGGAGGGGGCACCUCGGGGCAUCUUCUCAUGAAGCCCAUCUCGGACGCCUUGCCCACCUUCACCCCCCUGCCUGUUUCCUCGGAUGCCAGCGCUGGAGCGGUACUGAAAGACCUCUUGAAGCAAUAACCCGGUGUUGACCCACCGCAGGGCAUUGUAGCACUUUAUAAGGAAGACACACUAUUGUACAUACCAGCCAAAGAGGCCUUUUGUAUAAUCCUAGCUUUAUUUAAACAGAACAGUCCCCCCGUUCCCCACCAAACUGCCGGCAGAGCGCCAACCUGAAACAACCGGAUAUUUAAACUUGACAUUAAUACUGAACUUGAAUAAUGAGCCUAUUUUCUGAUUGGACGGGGACUUUGAUCUGGGAGGUAACCUUGAACACGUCCCGGCUUUACAUAUUGUACAGUCCGUUUCUUAUCUUUAUCUUAUGUGAAAAUGAGCACACGGUUCUCCUGCUCCCGAGGACGCGACGGUAGCUGAACAUUGUCCGUUUAUAUGUUCCGGGGGGGCAAUUCCCCUUCUUCUGCCAAAUAUCUGCACCGAUCAGUGUUCUCACCCUGAGCGUAGGGAUCGGUCAGCUGCACUGUGACAUCUGCUGCAAGGUUGCAAUGCUCUGCAGAAUAUAGACUCUCCCUGGGGGAGCAUGGAAUGGUAUCUAGAAAGCGGGAUACAAUGUACAGAAUUGCUGUUCUUCACGGCUGCUAAUAAAAUCAAGACCCCCCCCCCCC